GUAUACUUUACCUCCAAGCGUAGCCUAGUGCAACCCUCUGCUGUAUCAACCUGCUGCAACUUCGUGUGUCCGUGACCCAUUGAUGCACUAAUGUUUUGCCAGUUGCAAAAUACGAUGAACGCCCGCUAAAAUUAAGUCGAGUCGUUGUUAGACUCUAGUUUCUUUUUUAAUUGUAGGCUUUUCUGCAACACGCUGUGCUGCGUCUCGCUGAAUGCUUGGUUGUGGUCUUGGCCUCCGGUCGCGGCUGCGAAUUAACUUCCAUCUCUCUGCACCGCCUGCACUGUCAUAAUGUUUCUUUUAUAAAGAUGACUGUGUGGGUGACACUAUAAACUAAAUGACUGUCAGAAAUAUCGCCUCCAUUUGUAAUAUGGGCACCAAUGCCUCUGCUCUGGAGAAAGACAUCGGCCCUGAGCAGUUCCCAGUCAACGAACACUACUUCGGAUUGGUCAAUUUUGGGAACACAUGCUACUGCAACUCUGUGCUGCAGGCCUUGUAUUCGUGCCGGCCGUUCCGGGAGAACGUCCUGGCGUACAAGGCCCAGCAGAAAAAAAGGGAGAACCUGCUCACCUGCCUGGCCGACCUUUUCCACAGCAUCGCCACCCAGAAGAAGAAGGUCGGGGUCAUACCCCCCAAGAAGUUCAUCUCACGCCUCCGCAAGGAGAACGACCUGUUUGAUAACUACAUGCAACAAGACGCACACGAGUUCCUCAACUACCUGCUGAACACGGUGGCUGACAUCCUGCAGGACGAGAAGAAGCAGGAGAAACAGAACGGACGCCUGAAAAACAACGGAACACCCGUCGCCACGGAGACCGAGCCUGAGAACAAGACGGAGCCGACAUGGGUGCACGACAUCUUCCAAGGAACGUUGACCAAUGAGACACGCUGCCUCAACUGUGAGACUGUUAGCAGCAAAGAUGAGGACUUUUUGGAUCUUUCUGUGGAUGUGGAGCAGAAUACGUCAAUAACCCACUGUCUCAGGGACUUCAGUAACACGGAGACCCUGUGCAGUGAAUACAAGUACUACUGUGAGACAUGCUGCAGCAAACAGGAAGCCCAGAAACGGAUGCGUGUGAAGCGGCUGCCCAUGAUCCUGGCGCUGCACCUGAAGAGGUUUAAGUACAUGGAGCAGCUGCACCGCUACACCAAGCUGUCCUACCGCGUCGUUUUCCCGCUGGAGCUGCGCCUCUUCAACACGUCCGGAGACGCCGUCAACCUGGACCGCAUGUACGACCUGGUGGCUGUUGUGGUGCACUGCGGCAGCGGCCCUAACCGAGGCCACUACAUCACCAUCGUGAAGAGCCACGGCUUUUGGCUGCUGUUUGACGACGACAUUGUGGAGAAAAUCGAUGCCCAGGCCAUCGAGGAGUUCUACGGCCUCACGUCUGACAUCUCCAAGAACUCUGAGUCGGGCUACAUCCUGUUUUACCAGUCCAGAGAGUGAACAGUACCAGCGAGGGUUCCUUUCAACGGUUGGACCUACUUACCCUCUUUUGUUCUACUCUCUUAAGACCUGUGCCAUAUCUCUGUCUCUGUCUUUCUCUCUCUCUCUGUCUCUGUUUCCGUCUCUCUCUCUCUCUUCCCUUCUCUCCUCAUCUCUUCCUUUCCUCGACAUCCGGGGGAGGGAUAAAUGUAAGUUCAGUGACCUGCAUCUGGACUGCACUUUAGAACAGGAAGGAAGAACAUAAAAGGAACUGUGAAGAACUGGGACAUCAAAAUAAUAAAAUUCACAUUACAUUGAAUAUGCAUCAUUGUAAUGAAGAAGGCUAGAUGAUGUCAUUAAUUAGCAAUAUGUCAGACGCGCACAUUCUCUCCCUGCCUCAUCCGCUCUCCUCCUCCUCCUCCUCCUCCUCCUCCUCCUCCUCCUCCUCCUCCUCCUCCUCCUACUCCUCCUCCUCCUCCUCCUCCUCCUCCUACUCCUCCUCCUCCUCCCACACAGGAAGUGCCCUCACCUGAGGAGUAGGAGGGAGGGGGGAGGUGAUGCUGCCAUUUAAACGCAAGGACAGUUGUGUAGAAAAUCUCUGUUCCGGUUGAUCACGUGUAGCAGGAGGGCUGUACAGUCGGUCGGUCUGCAGAGAUCCAGGUGUUUCCUGGACUCCCGACAGGGCUUUGGCACUGCGGUUGUCCAUAGCAACACUGUCGGAAGCUGUUCCGUAACUCUGGUUAGCCGCACUGCUGAGCCUUUCACUCAAGGGCAGCAACGUGUGUGUGUGUGUGUGUGUG